GCCCAUGAGUUCCACGUGGCCAGACACCUGUGCAAGACACCAUGGUGCACUGCACAAGCCUCACUGUCGCCGUCUCCCGUGGGUGGAUGAGUACGUAGGCGUCCCGGCGACAACACGGUAGUGGGUUAAUAACCCACAUAAAUACAAACGCGGGCAAAAAGACUUUUCAAUGUCACAGAGGCAGCAUAAACCAAGGAUGAAUUAAUCAACUCCGGCACGGAGAUACAGCAGCCCGGUACACACAGGCACAGCGCACGCGGUACAAUUUCAAGAUCCCCACGGGGGCCGUGUCUCUGCACCUUUGCUGCACCCUUGGGAAAAAAAGACCGAAACAAGUCGCUCAUGGGUUAAAGACUGAGGCUAAAAAUACUGUACAAUGGCAAAUCAUUUCAGUAACGCGCAGGGCUAUUUUGGUGGAAAAGCUUGCGAGUUUGUUGAGCCGACAAGGGAAGACCGAGUAGAUUUUCGCACAAGCGCAGAGCCCUCCUGCACAACCGUGAAAGAGGAAUACAUGCUAACGACACGGAGGUAGAUCGUGGUCAAAAUGAACGGAGGUCACGAGCUGCACGUACAAGGGAAGAGUAACCUGUCCACUGGAGAGACAAAAACUGUAAGCAGCGAGACAUGCUUGGGGAUAUUUACCACCUCAAACCACAAGAUUCCAAGACCGCCAAUGAGCUGUGACCGAGAGCAGCUAAGGGGUAACCAGGACGCCGCGGCACCCCCAGAAACGAUGGCCCAGCCUUACGCCUCCACGCAGUUCGCCCCCCCCCAGAACGGCAUCCCGGCCGAGUACCCGGCGCCCCACCCCCACCCUGCCGCUGACUACACGGGCCAGACGGCGGUGCCCGAGCACACGCUAAACCUGUACCCCCCCGCGCAGACGCACAGCGAGCAGGGCGGCUCCGACACCAGCGUACAGACCGUCUCCGCCACAGCCACACAGACAGACGACGCCGCGCAGACGGACGGGCAGCAGACGCAGUCCCCCGACAACACGGAGAACAAGACGCAGCCCAAGCGGCUGCACGUCUCCAACAUCCCCUUCAGGUUCCGCGACCCAGACCUCAGGCAAAUGUUCGGCCAAUUUGGUAAAAUCUUAGAUGUUGAAAUCAUUUUUAAUGAGCGGGGAUCUAAGGGAUUCGGUUUCGUAACUUUCGAAAAUAGUGCUGAUGCGGACAGGGCGCGAGAGAAAUUACACGGCACCGUGGUAGAAGGCCGUAAAAUAGAGGUUAACAAUGCAACAGCACGAGUAAUGACGAAUAAAAAGACAGUCAACCCCUAUGCAAACGGCUGGAAGUUGAAUCCAGUAGUGGGUGCCGUGUACAGCCCAGAGUUCUAUGCAGUUCCGGGGUUUCCGUAUCCGACGGCGACCGCUGCAGCCGCAUACAGAGGGGCGCACUUGCGAGGCCGGGGGCGCACCGUCUACAACACGUUCCGCGCGGCGGCACCGCCGCCCCCUAUCCCGGCGUACGGCGGUGUUGUAUACCAGGAUGGAUUUUAUGGGACAGAUAUUUAUGGUGGUUACGCUGCCUACAGAUAUGCCCAGCCUGCUGCCACCGCUGCUGCUGCCUACAGUGACAGUUACGGACGAGUUUAUGCUGCCGACCCCUACCACCACACACUUGCUCCGGCAGCCGCAUACAGCGUUGGUGCCAUGAAUGCUUUCGCACCGCUGACCGAUGCCAAGACUCGGAGCCACGCGGACGAUGUGGGUCUGGUUCUUUCUUCGUUGCAGGCUAGUAUAUAUCGCGGGGGAUACAGUCGUUUCGCGCCAUACUGAACGACCCAAAAAAAAACACAAAUGUAAAAAAGAAGAAGAAAAACAACAAACAAAAAAAAAAGAUCUGAGAACCUUCCAGUUGGGGAUUAACAAGAGAAACUUUUUUUGAGGCCUGGGUAUUGCAAUACAUGCAGUAGUGCAUCAUUUUAGCACCUCUUAAGAGAGGGGGGAGGGACAGAUAUUUUUCAUCUUAUACCUCUGAUAUUUUGUUUGGUGUAUUUUAAUAUUGUGGGGUCUUUAAUUUUUCUUAAGGUUACAAUACAUAGAUUGUUGGCUGUAGAGGUUUCUGUGGUGAUCUAGAAAGCUGCUAGAUAUAAAAUCUAAAAAAAAAAAAUACAUAAAAAUAUAUAUGAAACACAAUUUAAGGCCACAAUCACGUGUGCUUUUCUCAUUGUAAAUUAAACUAUGUAUGAUAAAUAUUAAGUCAUUUGGGGUUCUCAUGUUUUGUAAGAGUGUAAGUGACUACAAGAGUCAUUGUUGUUUGCUUUUUUCGUUUUUUUGCUUUUAAUUGUUCUUAAUUUGAUAAUAUUUUGGUUUGUAUAUGAAGGGUGUAAAGGGAAUAUAUUGGGGUGGGGGCGGGUACGCUAGCCUCAGAGCUGGACGCGCUGGAGAGCGGGGGAUGGUGGCAGGAUGGGCGGCGGCGGGAAGGCUAGGCUUGGCGGGCCCGCGAAAUGGGCGGAGCUGUCACGUGCCGUCGAUGACCCGUUGGAUUGGAAACGGACGGUGUCGAAGGCGUAGACGGAACGAGACCGCGGUCUUAUUAGAAUCCCCACUCGCUUUUAACGGCCAGUGCAGUCACGGCCCAUUUAAAAGCAAAGUCUCCAUCAAUCACCGCGUGUUCUGCAGGAACUGGGCUACAGCACGUGUUCUGUGCAUGAGCUUUUUCGCAGCUGUCUCCGAGCGAUUUGCUGCAGGAAGGAAAUAGCAAGUGAAAUGUAGCUUUGCUGGUGUAUAUGAACUCUAUGUCUGGCACUUCUAUUGGCAUUUUUAAAAAGGUUAACUGGGGAAAGACUUACUCAUUAAAUUAUCAACGAAACACUUACCUUUCUGACUGGAACGGACCUUACUAGCUAGGCAUCACGAAAAUGUAGAGUUAAUGGUGUUUGAUUUGUUUACAUUGGGUAGGAUAGUUAAUAAUAGGUAAGUUACCAUAAGUAAUGUGUAAUGAUGGGGUAUGCCUCCCAUUUCCCAAAAGGCAAUUAAUGGUUCGCUCGUGUUGUUACUGCUAAUGGUCUUUUGCCAUCUUCUCAGUCUGGUGCAGUAAAGCAACCAGCUCUGUCAAAAAACACCACACACAGAGUUGUGGAAUUGGUGGAGACUUCCAGCGGGACUUCCAUACAAGGGGACUUGCAUGCUCGUCAUUCAGUUUGCAACUGCUGUUCAUUGGUUGGUAGGAGCUGAUUGACAGCUUAUGUUAGCUCCGCCCAUUUCGGGGUUCCUCAGGGGCCUUGCCCUGGCAUUACUGGAGUGCAGCAUGGAGAAUGAGUGUAGAUCCUCAUUAAAGCAGUUAAGAGGGGAGGGGCACCACUGUAUUUUAAGUAUAUUAAUCAUCUUCUAUUAUCCAUUACUCAAAGCCAAAGGUUAUGUUCUUGGGUUGUUACUCUUGUAUAUUCAGAUUUUGCAUAGAAGCUGUCUAGGAAAACCCCUAAAGAUUUUGAACCAAGGCAGUACUUCACUGUUUAAUCUUUAUCUAGUUCUCUAGUCAAAUCCUUACUAGUUUAGGCCAUUAAAAAGGUUGUUCUUUUUAUAUUGCUUCCAGUAUAUAAAUUGAUAUUAUUACUGACUUUUAUAUUACGGGAGAGAGGAAAAAAAAACAAUAACAAAUACGGUGAAAAAGCACUGUUUCUAUUUUCUCUUUUUGUUUUUCAGAAGGAAAAUAAUAAAACUAGAAUUAUUUGUACCAGUUUAAAAAAAGAAAAAAGAAAACCUACAACAAUGUAUACAAUUUGAUCUGUGCAGUGGAAAUGUUCUGUUAUACAAAAUACACCAUAUGAUGUUUUAGAGUUAGCCUAGUAGACCUAUUAGAGAGAGGUGUAUCAUUUUUUAUGAAAUUACAUGAUAAUCAUAUUCAGAUUUAUAUGAACAUUUUACAGGUAUCACAAUCAUUAUGUAGAGAUAAUCAUGGUAUUUUUGUCAGCUUAAUAUUUUUUAGACUUUAUUGUUGUUGCACACACAACCUGCAAUUUUUCUUAGCUUCUUGGCUUUUGAGACAUUAUUCUGUUUAAUUUAGUUUUUUUUAUAUUUGUUUUGGUGCAUUUGCCUUUUUGUUUUGAUAUUAUAUUUAAUGCCACAUUCUUUGUAUUAUUUUAUAGAACAUUGUCUUUACAUUUUGAAACUGUUUGAUCAGCAGCAUAUGUAUAAUUUGUGAAAAGGAUAUCUAUAUAUAUAUAUAAAUAUAAAUAAUGAUAACUUGGACAUUACAAGUGCCACACAAGCAAGUUGUCAGGGCUCAAAGUGUCCUUGAAGAAUUGCAGCUUGUCUGUGCAUAUAGAAAGACUCCAUUCAUGCUGUCCUGUUUACAAGUAAAACUUAAGUUGAGGUGUUUGUCACAUAUCUCAUUUUUUUGUAUUUAUUAAAAAAACAACAAAAAAUAAAACACAACUUUAAAAAAAAAAAAAACAGCAGCUUAGAUCUCGGCUGCGGAUGUCCUCAUGUGUACCUGGCGUGUCACAUCGCGCAACUCCGUAAAAAAAUAUCUUACCUGCCGCCGUGACUCUUCUAUACAGUUUCUGCUUUUAAAAGAAAAUGUGUUGUGACCAGGCAUUCUCCUUGUCAUCGUAUGUGCAUGCAAUAUGACCCGCUAACCAAUAACCAUCAAUAAAGUUUCACAAGAUAAGGGAA